AUGUAUGUUUAAGAUUACACUCUGGAUGUACCAGCAGCAGGGUUUUGCAACAGUAACUGGAAUGUUUGGUUCAAGCAAUGAUCAGGCUACGUAUUAAGCCUGACGAUGCCAUUUUUGGAUACUAGAUGUAUCAGAUGUUUGAGCACCAUGAGAGUAAGGAAAGAAGAGAGAAAGAGAAUAAAUCCUUUAAAUUUGGAUGUUCUCAAAUUCAUUUUUAUUAUCUAGAUUAUAGAUGAAUAAAGUGUGGGUGGAGGUUGUAAAAAGGAAAUUUUAAUGCAAAUUAAAUCUAUAUUAUUAAGCAGCAUAUUGGAAAUUCAAAAUUUCAAUAAUAAAGUCAAAGAGAAUUGAUGGCAUUGCAAAGCGAGUAAUAUCAAUAUCUUAAUUCAAGAGAAAUUCGUGGAAAAAAAAAUCAAAACCAAAAUAAAAAUAGUUAGCCCAACUAGACUCAUCAAAAUUUGGUAGAAUUCAAAUUAUUAAUGUUUAUCAAAUGAAGAAUCUGUGGCUAAGGAAAAUCACCAUUGUCAACAUAAAUGAUAGAGGCGUAGAAUAAUCAAAACGCUUAAAACAAAAACUAAUCAAUGUGAGAAAGACACAUUCGCCUACAUUUCAAACUCUUCGACAAAUCAACAUUGGCAAGAGAAGUUCAACAUAUAGAACUUAACAAUAUUCACACCUAGACAGGCGAAAAUUAUUCAAAAUCUUUCACUGUCUCGUGUUGCGUCGAGAGGAUUUGCUUCGACUCUGUUCGAUGAAGGGUAUAUCCGUUAAUUUAACCAUGUGGACCCCACAUGUUCUUGUCUGGAGUCUGGCUACUAUAAAUUCAAGUAUCCAACGGCAACAUGUAAAGCACCAUCCGGUCUUUCCUUCGUUCUCUUUCUCAGAUACUCUCUCAAGCUUCUUGUCUUACAACAAAUUUAAAAAGUGCUUCGGUUUUAUCUCCUCUUAGAAAAGAAUGGGUGAUAAUCUGAUGCAUGCCAUUCAGUACAGUACUUAUGGCGGAGGAGCUGCUGGUUUGAAGCAUGUUGAAGUUCCAAUUCCCACUCCAAAACAAGAUGAAGUUUUGCUAAAACUGGAGGCAACUAGCCUAAAUCCACUUGACUUGAAAAUACAGAAAGGGUUGAUUCGGCCAUUUUUACCUCGCAAAUUCCCCCACAUUCCAGCUACCGAUGUAGCAGGAGAAGUCAUAAAGGUUGGAGAAGGAGUCAAGAACUUCAAAGUAGGGGAUAAAGUUGUGGCUGUAUUUGGUAGUGGAGGUGGACUAGCUGAAUAUGCUGUGGCUAAGGAGAGUUCGACAGUAGGAAGGCCUCCAGAGGUAUCAGCUGCUGAAGGUGCAGCUUUGCCUAUUGCUGGCCUCGCAGCUUAUGAGGCACUUACCCGGGGUGCUGGGCUCAAGCUUGAUGGAAGCGACCAGCAAGUAAACCUCCUGAUUACUGCUGCUUCAGGUGGCGUAGGCCACUAUGCAGUUCAACUGGCAAAGCUUGGAAACACACAUGUGACAGCCACUUGUGGGGCUCGUAAUAUUCAUUUAGUCAAGAGCCUGGGGGCCGAUGAGGUUCUUGACUACAAAAGUCCUGAUGGGGCGGCUCUGAAGAGCCCUUCCGGUCGCAAAUACGAUGCAGUGAUCCACUGUGCGACGGGCUUUCCCUGGUCUACCUUUGAGCCAAAUUUGAGUGCAAAUGGGAAGGUAAUAGAUAUUUCUCCUCGUCCCAUUGUUUUCAUGACGUUUGCUCUGCAAAAACUUACAUUCUCCAAGAAGCAGCUGGUACCACUGAUUAUGUUACCUAACAAAGAGAAACUCGAGUAUCUUGUUAAGUUGGUGAAAGAAGGAAAGCUUAAGACAGUAAUUGAUUCAAAGCAUCCUCUAAGCAAGGCUGAAGACGCUUGGGCUAAGAUCAUCGAUGGCCAUGCCACUGGGAAGAUUAUUGUGGAGCCUUAGUUUGUGAAGAUUACUUGAUACUUACUGUAGUUUUAUACCAUUCAGUGAUUGGGGUUGCUUAUUGGCUGUGUAUUUCAUAGGUACUCAAAUACCAAAUAAAUAAAUAAAAAAAACUACCCACCACCUUUUUUAUCCGAAAAACAUAAAAGAGAGAAUGGGUGAGAUUCAUGAAAAGAGGAAGUAGUAGUUUUUAUUUUAUAAUAUGGAGGUAAUGGGUUUUACAUGGCGGGGCAGUUUUUUACAUUGGAAGGCUGCUACAUGAUUAUGUGGCACCUGGCCAAGCACAACUCGAAUGUAAGUGAAGAAGACAAAAGUACUUAAAACCAAAGUACUAUACGGUAAGGGGUAAAGUGGUAUUUUUCUCCUAGUAUUAGUACGUAUUGUUGUAUUUCGCUCUUUUUUUGAGUAAAAAUUAGCCAUUUCAUGUGGGAUGAAUGUAACGCAAAAACAAAAUCCCUAUGGGGUAAUUAAGACAAUGUUCGUUGAAUAAAUUUAAGGUAUAAUAAAUUUGGUUUUUCAUAUUUUCUUAAAUGUUAUUGUCUUUUUCUUUUUUUGGCCAGAAAACAUUGUUGUUUUUUCUUUGGCCAAGAAAACGUUCUUGUUUAAUGGCACUUAAUUGCAUAACCCAAGGUUUAAUAGACGUUAUUUUCUUUCAUCUCUCGUUUUGUUUUUCUCUCUCUAACUUUCCCUUUCCAACCCUAAACGUCCUUUUCAAAUGUCUAAACCCAUUUCUCUCUCUUUUCUAUCUUCUUUUUUUUUGUAAUUUUCCCUUUAAUUUUUUCAAUCAUCUACACAGAUUACGGACUGUGAGGGUUUAAUUAUCAGAAUCUGAGUACUAUCGCAAUAAACUUGCUAGAGAAGUAUUUGAUAGGACGGGAGAUGCUUUAUGCCUCGCGUAAAGCUUUUAAAGAGUGUUCCUUGCUUUUGAUCGAUGAGUAGGACAGGUUGUAAAGGAAGCCGAAUGUCCUAAUUGAAGGUACAUGAGAUGCAUGCAGCAGGUUAGCUUUGUUCUUCCUGUUUCUCCUUCACUUUAGUAUCUCUCAUGGAUUAAUCUCCCAGUUUUGUGAGUUAUAUUUGGUCCACUUUGCUACGGCCAUAUAUCAUUUGUUUUAGUUCUGUUUGAAUGGGGAAUUUUGAUGGCAUUAAUUAUCUGUUUGAUGUAUUUUUGUGUCUGUAAUUCUGCAUUGCUUUGCUGUCUUUCUACAAAAGAAUGUUCCUUGCUGCCCCUGAAUCCAAGGAUGAAUACUGUUCAACAUGCUUCACCGUUUUGUUGACUUGAACAGGAAUUGAGAAUUUCAUUGUGAGCUGAGUAAUAGUCAAUGUAACCGCAGACAAAGGCCCAUUGACGUAGGGAAUGACGAUGGUUUUCUUUAUUAAUUAGGACGAUGUAACUUUUAAACUCCGAAGAAACUUUAUUCUUUUUGGCCAAGUAAGUGCAGAGAAAUCUAGGACAAUUAUUUAAAUUAUUUAUUGAGUCCCAAAUGAUU